ACUGAAAGUGCUCACUGCAUUCAAUGGUUUGGUGGGAAACAAGAAGUGUCAUUGAUGCUUGCUUAAAGCAUUAACAUACCUUUUUUGUAUGAACGUUUAUAUGACAGAAAAGGAAGAAAUAUCUUGACGAUGUCCACAUUGAAGGAGAGUAGCGGAGCCUCUAUAGGCGUGGUUAAUCACGAGGAAACCCGGACACAAGCUGAAAGAGAUGCCUUAGCUAAGCAGAUCCUUGAUAAGCCAGGAAUUGCACAAAUUAAACCAGAAUUUUUGUUGCUUGACCACAAGAUUAAGAUUUCUGAAGAGUUUCUCUCAAGCAAAACAAAAGAAAAACUAGAAGCAAGCAAGGAAGUUAAUCUAGGUAAGAGAGAAAAUGGAGCAUCCCAAGAUAGUGAAGGAGGCCCUUCGCCUAGUAAAAGGAUAAAACUAAAGGGCAGAAACAAAAAUCGACCAGUUCAUCAAAGACAGGACAGUUCUAAAAAGAUGUGUCCAGCUGUGUUACAUGAUCAGGAGUGUCGCUUUGGGGAAAAGUGCAAGUUCAGUCAUGAUGUUAAGAAAUUUAUGGCUGAAAAACCAGAAGAUUUAGGACCAGUUUGUGUCAUUUUUGAAAAAUAUGGAAAAUGUCAAUAUGGAAUAUCCUGCCGUUAUGGCAAAAGUCAUAUCACGGAAGAUUUCCAGAAUAUUAUCAAUGAAGAGUUGUAUAAAGAAAUGAAGAACAGAAAAGUGGUUAGGAACGUUCUUGAUAGAGAGCUGCAGCAUAAACUGUGGAAAAAGAAAUACAACUUUGAAAAAGCAAAUAAAAACACUGCACGGAUACAGAAAGAAGUUAGAGAUAGAAUAGACAAAGAAAAACUACAAUUGGAAGAAAAGAAAAAAGUAGAUUCAGUAACUGAUGGUAAAGCAAACAACGGAGACAGUAUAGAGGUACAGAAAACAGAAAUGAGUGAUUCUUCUUCAGUCAAUACAGCAGUAAAAAGUGACAAUGGGACAGCAGUGUCAGAGACAACAAAUCUGGACAUGUCCAGUGAUAGCAGAGAUACAAAACAGUCAGAUGCAUCAGUUUGCUUAUCAGAUGCUGAUGGCAUACGACUGAGACCACAGGAGAAAAAAUUGAUUGACUUUUCCAAUAAACUGUAUUUAGCACCAUUAACAACAGUUGGUAACCUGCCAUUUCGGAGGAUUUGUAAAGGCAUGGGAGUGGACAUCACAUGCUGUGAGAUGGCUCUAUCCACUAACAUCCUCCAAGGACAGAUGUCAGAGUGGGCCUUACUGAAACGUCAUGAGUCAGAGGAUUUGUUUGGAGCUCAGAUUUGUGGUGCUUUCCCAGACACUUUAACGCGGUGCUGUCAACUGAUCAAUGAUGAGUUAUCUGUGGACUUUGUUGAUCUCAACUGUGGUUGUCCCAUUGAUCUUGUCUUUAAGAAGGGUGAAGGGUGUGCACUGAUGGGAAAGAGUAACAAGUUUGAGCAGGUCGUACGCUGUAUGAAAUCUGUACUAGACAUCCCACUCACUGUGAAGAUGAGGACCGGAAUAUUUGACAAUAAAAAUGUCGCCCAUUACCUUAUACCCAAACUCAGAAAAUGGGGCGCUUCUUUGGUAACAAUCCAUGGGCGAUCCAGAGAACAGAGGUACACUAGACUGGCUGACUGGGAUUAUAUUGAUGAGUGUGCAAAACUAGGCGGCCCCAUGCCUGUGUUUGGUAACGGGGACCUGUUAUCGUAUGAAGACCUAGAUGCUUGUCUUAAAACCAAUGCUAGCGGAGGAAUGGUUGCCAGGGGAGCACUGAUCAAACCGUGGAUUUUUACAGAGAUGAAGGAGAGACGCCACUGGGACAUUUCGGCUAACGAGAGGUUUGACAUGUUGAAAUCCUAUGUGAACUAUGGACUUGAACACUGGGGCUCUGAUCACCAGGGAGUGGAAAACACUCGAAGGUUUCUUCUGGAAUGGCUGUCAUUCCUGUACAGGUACAUACCAGUUGGCGUGCUGGAUCAGCUGCCACAGAAGAUCAACGAGAGGCCACCAUAUUAUGUAGGUCGUAAUGACCUGGAGACGUUGUUGGCAAGCUCCAACUGUGGCGAUUGGAUUAAGAUUAGUGAGAUGUUGCUUGGUCCAGUCCCAGAGGGAUUCAACUUUCUCCCCAAACACAAAGCAAAUGCCUACAAAUGAUGAAAGAUUUGAUUAUGUUUGAUUUUGGGAAGGGGGAACUUAAGAUGAUCUAGAAAUAUAAUUGAGAGAUCACAUCAAACCUAGUGUUCAACAAAUAAAAGAUUUGUAAUAUUGUCAAAUCUACUUACGGAAUGUUGACCAACAUUUCUGAAGCAAAAUAUAUAAAAAGAAAAAUUAAAAUGUUUCAGAA